UUGACCUUCCCUGCAGAUGACGUCCACAGCUCACCUGACCCGGGCGGAGUGGUGAACACUAAUGAGGCCUUCUGCACCGUGGUACAAACUCGGCUUGCGGAUCACAGACUCCUGUUCUCCGGGGAGGUGGACUGCCGGGAUAAAGACCCAAAGGCUCCGGCUGCUCCUGCGUGCUAUGUCGAGCUGAAGACUUCUGCGGAGAUCUGCACCCCGAAACAACGCAGCAACUUCCACAGGUUCAAACUGAUCAAGUGGUGGGCUCAGUCUUUUCUCCCCGGGGUCCCUCGGGUUGUGGCCGGUUUCAGGGAUCAUGAAGGAGUGGUCGUCGGUGUGGAGACUUUUCCCAUCUCUAAGAUGUCACAUCUCAUCAAGAAUGAACACAACUGCUGGAAGCCGACAGUGUGUAUGAACUUUUGCUGUGAUUUCCUCUCGUUUGUGAAGCAAACAGCUACUGAAGACAAUCCCAGCGUGGUGUACCUGUUCUGCUACGAGCCCCACAGAGAUGUGACCUUCUCCAUCCACAGAGACUCCCAGUACUCCUUUCUGCCUCGGUGGUAUUUGGAGGGGAUCACCAGAAGUCAAGACUAACAGCAUCAGUCCUGA